AUGCAGUUCUCUGUUGUCCUCGUUGCUCUCUUCACCAGCGCCACCAUGGCCGCUCCCACCACCGAGACCGAAACUUCUGUCUACAUCCCUUGCUCUGGACUGUACAGCAGUGUUCAGUGCUGUGCUACCAGUGUCCUUGACCUUGCCGACUUGACCUGUCGCCCACCUCCGAAGGUCCCUACCUCCGCCGCCAACUUCGGCAAGAUCUGUGCCGACAUCGGACAGCGUGCUCGCUGCUGUGUCCUCCCUGCUCUUGGGCUGGGUGUUCUCUGCCAGACUCCCGCGGGUGUCACUUACUAG